AUGCCUCGAGGGCUUAGAAGAAACGAGAUUGUGAAACGAGGUCGAAAUACAUCAUCAGCCGAUGGAGGAGGUUCCAAUUCGUCUUCCGGCAGUGCUCCAGUCGUAGGAUGCCCAGUAUUAGAUCCCAUACGCUGUCAAUGUCCAAAAGAAGACGUUGAUCCAUUGGAUGGUGUCAAGAUGACAUGUACCUGGGAGUCAUGCCCCUAUUCUAGCCGACCACUUCAUUCGGUUUGCUAUCAGCUUCUCGAAGACAAUCUUGUGCGACGGCUAGCAACGCUCGGAAGCGCUCGCGGGUGGACAGUACCACAAAGACGCAACAAUUUAUGGGAAAGAAAAGGACAAUCACUCGUCGGAAAGUUCUGCCGAUGUAGAUGCAACCGGGGACAAAUGACACGAGAUAAGCAAGCUCUCUACGAAAAGGAAAAGGCAGUUGAGAAAGAGAAAAAGAAGAAGGCCAAGAAGGCGAAACAGCUUCCCGUGCUUCAAUUCAACUCCAAACCGAGUGCGGCUCUGGAAGAGAAAAAGAGAGGAGGAGAUACCGCCGGUUACAAUUCUCCAUCGGCUGCAUCCAGUCAUCAUCAUUACACAUUUUCUCCAGCGACGCGGUCACGUCUUCAUACAGAUCGCUCCACUUCAACAAUGCUGACAUAUACUGUCGGAAGAACUUGGUCCGAGUCAUCUUUCGGCGGCGAGCCGAACAACAACGAUGAUCACCCGUCGGAUUGCGACUGCGUCUUCCAUUACGACUAUGAUGCUGAUGAGGAUGAUCAUGAACAUGAUCACAUGGAUACCGACCUUAAUGUUUUGGAAAUGGAGAAUCCACAAGCAUCCAUCAUAGUGCCGGCUCCACCGCCACCUCCACAGUCAAGAAGUUAUGCCGCUACAAUAAAGGAUCAAAAACUUCUUCAGGAAAAGAAGCAAUCAACAUCGCCGGACAGCGGGAUCGGACAACCAGUUGGUCGUUUAUCGUUCUCAGAUUCCUCCAACGAUGAGGAACAUGCUAAUCGUGUUGGUGACUAUGAGCACAGCCCAUCUGAAAGAAAUUAUUCGGUGGAGGAGGGUUUCAGCCCAUUGGGCCUCACUAUUCUAUCACCAGUGGAAGUUUCAUCAUCCGAAGAGAUCGUCGAAGCUCCGAAGCUCACCGAGACACCACACUUGCCGAAAAAACGAGAACCACUUCGCGCUACAAAGAGUAAUUCUGUGUCGAAACUCCCGUUGGCGACGCCACAACUGGAUUCCGAUGAACCACGUUGCGGAUUCAGCUUCAAAGCUCCGGUCAGAGAAAUGAUGGACAUUUGGCAUGAAGCCACAGCGUCCACCUCUAAGUGCUCUGAUGAGGAAAAGACAGAAACCGUCGACAUGAGCUGGACUCCAUUCUUCGGACGAGGUUUCAAUCUUGGCGAGCGUCUCUACUAUAUGCCAUGA